UUUAUGAAAUGGCGAAUGGCUAGAGACGUAUUAUCGACUCUCCCGAGACGAGAACUAGGGGUCGGAGUAGGCGGCGAGGUGAAGCAGAUCGAAAAGCGAGACUCUGUUUUAACAUCAAAAAACCAGAUUGAUAGGCUGACCCGUCCUGGAUCCUCUUAUUUCAACCUCAACCCUUUUGAAGUCCUGCAGAUGGAUCCUGAGGCCACAGAAGAAGAAAUAAAGAAGAGGUUCCGGCAGUUAUCUAUAUUGGUACAUCCUGACAAAAAUCAAGAUGAUUCUGAAAGAGCCCAGAAAGCCUUUGAAGCCGUGGACAAAGCAUACAAGUUACUACUGGAUGGAGAGCAAAAGAAGAGGGCCUUGGAUGUGAUACAGGCAGGAAAAGAAUAUGUGGAACAUACUGUAAAAGAAAAAAAGAAGCAGUUGAAGAAGGAAGGCAAACCCACCGACGUAGAAGAAGAUGAUCCAGAAUUAUUCAAACAAGCUGUGUAUAAACAGACGAUGAAGCUCUUUGCUGAACUUGAAAUUAAAAGGAAAGAGAGAGAAGCUAAAGAAAUGCAUGAAAGGAAGCGGCAGAGAGAGGAAGAAAUUGAAGCCCAAGAGAAAGCCAAACGAGAGCGAGAGUGGCAGAAGAACUUUGAGGAGAGUCGAGACGGGCGUGUGGAUAGCUGGAGAAACUUCCAGGCAAAUACAAAAGGGAAGAAAGAAAAGAAAAACAGGACCUUUCUGAGGCCUCCCAAAGUAAAAAUGGAGCAGCGUGAAUGAGCCCAGCAGCAGCUCUGCACAAGCAAGUCCCCUCAGCCUCCCUGCUUUUAAGGACUCGUUGUCACCUAGGAUAAUAUUUGCUUUUCAGUAGAUGGUUUUGUUUUUCAAGUACAAUUGAAUAUUGGUCCAGGUAUUUUUUGUACUUUGUACAUUUGAACUAGGGCCACGGUAUGAACUCUGUCAAGAACCAACUGCUCAUAGAACGAUUGGAUUAAGAGGGUCCUGCCAUUAUUGCUGUCCUGUUUGUUUUCAGCCCUGUAAUUCAGUGUUUUGUACUUCACAGAGAUUGUGCUGUUUCUCCAUCUUCACAUACAGUUUGUGAGAGUCUGAUAGAACAGCAUGUCUGAAAUGGCACUGGUGCCUCUUCAGGCCUCCUCCAGCGUUGGGAAGAUCUGUUACCAGCUGUGGGGUCCGUUUCCAGACUGAGGUGGGUGGGGAGGCUCAAACCUGACUUGGAGAUGUACAGUUCAACCUCCUGCAGUUCCCCACCCAAAUGCAUGGUGCUGAAAGCCUUGCCCUUUGACUCCCGAACUAAAAUCCUGGCUCUCCAGCUUGGAGUUCUGUUAAUCUUAGUUUUUCCUUUUCCGGAGGUGACUAGCUCGUCUAUCUUCUCCCUUGUUUAAUAGUUAGUAGCAGUGUUCUGUAUGUAAAAUAAAUUUUUACCCAAAUUAUUAA